UCUUGCAGGCCGAAAAAGUCCUUCCCCCUAAACACCAUUUUAAUUUCUUUCAUUUUCUCUAUAUUAAUUAUACUCAUCCUCAACUUGCAAUCUAUUGAUCUCAGUGUAUGUUGUUUGCUUUGUGUCUGGAAAAGGAGAAACUAUGGCAGUUGCACGAGUGCAGAAGAUGGUCCUGAUAACUGUGUAUGAAGUAAAACCGAGAAGGAGAAGACUGUCCUUUAGCAAGAACCACCAUGCUCGUCUUCGACCAUCACACCAGCACUCUGGCGGUGCCUACAACCGGAGAGCUGAGCUUCUCCAAUAUUGCCAGCAGCUAAGGGCUCACGGGCACCAAACCGGCACCACCUCCCGAGCUAUCCCCCGCAACCAACAUACAAGCAACAAGAUUGUUCCAGCAUAUCGCAAUCAGAGUGAAUACAAGAAACUCUCGCCUCGGUCUGGACAAUAUUGGAAGAGGCUGCUGCUGCCGAAUUUUGUUCUGAGAUCACUUGGCAAUAACAGGAAGAAGAGGAUGAGUGAAUCCAUCCGCAACACUAUGAACACCAUUGUGAGAAGUUUCCAUAUGCAGAAGAAGCCGGGAUUCGUUGUGAAGUUCCUUUCCACAUUUCGACGGAGAAGGUGAAGUUCAGACUCUUCAGAGCAUGCUUGGCAUAUAAUAAUCCAAGUGCUGUAUUUGUGUCCGGCUAAAUAAAUAUAUUAUAUAUAUCUGAAGUUAUGUAUGAAGGUGUUUUGUUUGAACAAAGUACUUAUAAUCUAGUGGUAUUUAAUUUUAUUGUGAAAAAUUAGAGAUAAUAAAAAAGUUUUGAGUUUAAGAUUUGUUGG